UGAGUGUACCGUACGUCGUGCAUAGAGCUACAUGUAUCUAGAUAGCGCGUCGCAUUGGCAGGUGCUUUGCCUGUCUUCUCAAGAAGUAGAGUGCGCUUGGAAGAUCUGAACAGGACCAACCGAUUUCAUAACUCAAGCUAGCAUGGAAACUUACCUCGGAUAUUUACUAAGAUGUCAAAUUAUUAUUGUGCGACAGUGAUAUGGCGAACGUUAAAGUAGCUGUCCGUGUACGGCCUAUUUGUAAAAGAGAGGAAGAUGCAAAAGCCACAAUAGUUGUGAAUGAAUACCAGGAAAAUGUAUUAGGUGUGGCAAAUCCUAAGAUUGAAGGCAUCGAGGGAUGCAGUGAUCAUAGGGACCGUAUAAAGCACUUCUCCUUUGAUUACUGUUACUUCUCCCUUGAUAAAAGUGCUCCAAAUUAUGCCUCACAGCAGACGUUACUUCAUGCAGCUGCCUUAAAAUUGAGCUUACCCGAGCGCACACGAUGGGUAGAAGUCAAUCAUCCCGGACCAAGCGUCCUAUCACGAAACAGAUGUGUGAAAGAUGGGAUAGCGAUGAAAAAAAACAGACCAAGAGGAAGGGUCUCUAGGGCAUGCAGUGUAACAAAUUACCUAUUGGUUGUCCCCUUGGGAAUUUUUGUCAAUUUUUAUUCUGGAUAUUGGGCUGUGGAAGAAAGAAAGAGUAGUCAGUUAACAAAAAUACAGGGGGUAGGGGAAGGGACGUUUUGUGCCCCUUUCAAGAGCUAUUGCUAACAUUUUAGAGCAACUUCCCUUUUUCUCCGUUGUAUUUUUCUAAGUGACAGAUACAUUUUCUUUGCUAUUGGGCCUACAUGUACCGGUAUUUUCUCAUCAUAGUUGUCAUUUGUAUUUAUGAUUUGUUGUGUUUUUGUGUCAGUAAAAUAAUUUUAAAUGUUGACAGUUGUAUUUAAGCUCCUGAAGCACACCAGGUAAAAAGAAAUCAUAAGAAUAUUGUAGUUUUAUUAACUCGGUGUUAGACAAGAGAAUUAGCUGUUUGUAAUGGAUUUAAAUGGGGCAAAGAACUAGUAUUUCAUCGUUGAGGGGAAAAUGAUAAUAAAACUCAAAGAAAAAAAGGUGAUGAAUAUAAUUCAGAUUUUGACCUACGAAAGGGAGGAAUUUGAGAGGAGGUGCGUGUACAAUAGUGAUAAAAAUAUUGAAAGUUUUAUGUAUUCAAACAUAUUAUCAUCCAUGAAAUUUGGUUGGAGAUGAGAAGCAUCACAAGAAAAAGAGGAGAGAAAUCCUUAAAUGGAUGCUGAUGCCAGGGGAAGCCCUCAACAACCAAAUAUGGAAAGACUUCUCCCUGCAUGUCUGCAUGAGAUGCUGUUGAAAACCCCUUUAUCUGACAAUAGUAGGCCAAAUACCCUUGGCCAACAAGGCAUUCUGUACCCCAGGGAUGCAGCGGCACUUUAUUCCAUGAAUCAGACAAAAUCUUUUACCUUGAAUGUGCUAUUUCAUGUCCAAGUGUAUACACUGGAUGUACAAGAUGCAAAUACAUGCAUAGUAAAUUUGUUUUUGUGUAGCAAAAGCUGAUGUGUUUGAAGAGUGAGACAGGAGAGAAAAACGGCUCUUCUUUAUUAAGGUUUUUCCUUUAUUUUAAAUCAUACAUUAAAGAAAAGAACAUGGCUGUACGCAGACAUUUUUUGUUGGGGCAGCACACGUAAACUUUUUCGGAAAAAGCCUCAUAAGCGAGAGAGCAAUGCGACCAAGCUUGUCAUUGGGGUGCUUUUGCAUUUUGUCAAGUUGAAUUGAAUUUGGUGCAUAAUUUGGUGACUUUUGCUAAAAUUUUCAGUAAAAGAAUGUCAAUUUUCAAAUCCCCCCCCCCCCACUGCGAACAGCCAUGAAAAAGAAAUACAUGUACAUUGUUUUGUUAAAUGAUAGGAAUGCAUAUGUAGUUCAUUAAUUUAUCCGAACUACUUGGAAUAUAAUGAUUUUUGUCCUAGUUCUUUAUGAAAUUCAAUCAGUUUCAAUUGUUCUUAUUUGGAGCUUCAGUUGGAUAGAAUAAUAAACUUGCCUCAGGAUUGCUGUGCAACAACAAUGAACUGGCCUACAUGUACAUGUAAUAAAAAAAAAAUUAGAAAUGUAAAUUGGGUUCUUGAAAAAAAAAACUAUUUCCCAGUAUCAUUCACUGUCACUAUGAUUGGUGUCCAUUAUAACUGUAAAUCUUCCAAGAUGGGGCUUAACGCUAUCAAGUGGCCCCAAAUUGGCCUUUAGUAUGUAAUCAUUGCUUUAUAGUGAUGUAAUAUAUUAAUAGCCAGAUGUCCUUAAGGAGUUUCACAUAGAUUACCUAAGAUGAGUAGCCAUAUUUUGUAAUUAACAAACUGUCCUUGAAAACUGUGUUUCCAUCUGAUCAAUGAAGGAUCUGUGAAGAACAAGAAAAUGAUAUCAAAGAGGAAAUCUUAGAUGACGUUCUGUAUGAAAGGUAUAUUAAUACAAAGUGCCAGUCCCUAUAGAUCCAAGGACAUGUUCAUGUACAUGUAAUGUAGCUUUGCAAAACUUUAUCCCUGAAUAUCUAUAGGCCUACAUAGAAAGUUUAUACAUGAAACUUUUAUUUUUUUUAUAGAUCUAGCAGUCAGUCCUUUUAGCUGUUUAAUGUGCAAUAUUUAGACCCACAAAACAUUCUUGUAUUGAUUCCAAGCACCCAAGGUUUGGAUUCUAAAUAAGUUGCGUAUAAAUAUUGCGUAUUGUUCGCCUCCAUUGCACCAACAAUAAUGUCCCAUUCAUGCUAUUGUGAAAGUGGAUAGGACGUUGUCCUUUGAGUAGAAAGGGAGCUCAUCAAAUAUGGAUGAACCUUUGAAGUAAGACACCAUGCAGUGAUGGUAUGGAGUCUUCAAACACGCUUUUGUCACCAUCGGUCAGUCAUCGUCUCGAGGGGUGUCAUUCUGCUCCAUCACAUGGCAUCCGUCCAUCCUACAUGUAUGACAUAGAACAGAGUAUUGAUUUGGAGUGGUCAGUUGGCCCCAACACUGAAUGAAGCU